AUGAACACAUUAACUUCAAUUUUCUCUCAUAGUUCUUCAUCACCCUCUGUUAUUAUUCCUAAUGGUGGGCCAACACUUUCUUAUCCCGGAUUACAUGGCCAUGUUAAAGUUUUUCAAUAUCAAUUAAUGGAAGGUUUCGACCUGAAACCUCAGGAUGUAAUAUCUAUAGUGUUACCAAAUUCAUUAGAAUUCACUGUCUCAUUUUUUGCUAUUACUUUACUUCGAAGCAUUGCUGCUCCUCUGAAUCCUGGUUAUACUGAGAGUGAAUUCAAAUUUUGCUUUGAAGAUUCAAAAUGUAAACUAGUCAUCUUACCAACGGGUUGGGUACAACAGAACAAACCUGCUGUAAAAGCUGCGAGAGAUCUUAAUAUCGAGAUCUUGGAAAUGAAUUGGGAUGAUUCUACUAAGAGUAUAAAGACUUAUUUUCAAAAUCAAAAUAUUCCUCGUGUAAAUGAUGAAAAACGUAAUCCAUAUCCAUUGGAUGUAGCUCUUUUGUUGCAUACUUCAGGAACUACUGGAAGACCUAAGGGAGUUCCGCUUACUCAUAAAAAUAUCACUACAACCAUGAUGAAUAUUGGAAAUACAUAUAAAUUGACUCCUGAUGAUCGUACAUUAUUAGUAAUGCCACUUUUUCACGUUCAUGGAUUAAUCGGUGGAAUGCUUUCCACAUUAUUUUCCGGUGGAACAGUUGUAAUCCCACCAAAAUUUUCUGCAACUACGUUUUGGAAUGAUUUUUUAGAAUAUGAAUGUACUUGGUACACAGCUGGUGCUUCAAAACUUAGAUUUAUUCGUUCAUGUUCAUCUUCACUUGCACCAACUGUAUUAUUUGAAUUAGAAAAAACUUUUAAUGCACCAGUACUUGAAGCUUAUGCUAUGACUGAAGCUGCACAUCAAAUGACCUCAAAUCCAUUACCUCCUCUAAAACAUAAACCAGGUUCAGUGGGUACUGGUCAAGGAGUUCAAAUCACUAUAUUAAACGAGAAUGGUGAACAUGUAGAGGAAGGAGAAGUGUGUGUUAAAGGUGCAAAUAUUACACUAGGAUAUCUUAACAAUGCUUCAGCAAAUGAAUCUUCGUUUACAAAAGAUGGUUGGUUCCGUACAGGCGAUCAAGGCAAGUUUGAUGAGGAAGGAUACUUAUAUUUAACAGGACGAAUCAAAGAAUUGAUUAAUCGUGGAGGGGAAAAAAUAUCACCUUUGGAACUUGAUUCUAUUCUGUUAUCACAUCCUACAGUUUUAGAGGCUGUUUCUUUUGCAGUUCCUGAUGAUAUUUACGGUCAAGAAGUUCAUGCAGCUGUUGUUUUUAAACAAGGACAAAAAGUAACUGAACAAGAUUUACAAAUAUUUUGUGGAAAUAAAGUGGCAAAGUUUAAAAUACCAAAAAAAUUUUAUUUUAUUGACGUGAUGCCAAAAACUGCGACCGGUAAAAUUCAGAGAAAAAAUAUUAGCGAAAAAUUAUUCAAAUCAGAUAAAAUUAAAGCUAAUUUGUAA